AUGAAGCAGGGACAAUUCACCAACCCUGAGACCCCACGGUAUGUUGGAUUUGCCAGCCUUCCAAAUCAGGUUCACCGCAAGUCUGUUAAGAAGGGCUUUGAGUUCACCCCCAUGGUUGUGGGUGAAUCCGGUCUUGGAAAAUCCACCUUGAUCAACAGCCUCUUCCUCACUGAUCUUUACCCUGAGAGAGUCAUCCCAGGAGCAGCAGAAAAGAUAGAAAGAACGGUUCACAUUAAGGCAUCAACGGUAGAAAUUGAAGAGAGAGGAGUGAAGCUUUGUCUCACAGACACGCCGGGCUACGGAGCCAAGACUGCUUCAGCACCAUCAUCAGCUACAUUCAUUUUCAGUUUGAGCCCUACCUCCACGACGAAAGCGAUUUAA